GGUCUAUGCAGCAGUAUGUCUGCGCUGUGUACCCGGGGGAGAGCGGCGGGCUUCACCGGCUAUAGCCGGGUCCGGUGUGCCAGGCUCAGCACCCCUCCUCAACACCAGCCGCCGGGCACGGAGGCCAGAGGGCACCCAGCAGAAAACAGCAAGCCGGAGAAAGCCGACAGCAGAGCGCAGCUGUGGAGCCGGUACCAUGAGAUGAAGAAGCUGGUGUAUGAUCUUCUUCCUCCGGGUGUGUGCAACCUCCUGAACCUGCAACCAUAUGUUCAAACAAUGAAAUCAGUCUAGCAGACAUUGAAAUCUAUGGAUUUGACUAUGAUUAUACUCUGGCUGAGUACUCCAGUGAACUACAUAAAAUGAUAUUCAACACCGCCAGAGAUAUCCUCAUCAAGCAUUACAAGUAUCCAGAAGGAAUUGGAAAGUAUGACUAUAUGCCAGGAUUUGCUAUCAGAGGACUUCACUAUGAUAUACAAAAGAGUCUACUGAUGAAGAUUGAUGCUUUCCAUUAUAUCCAGCUGGGAACAGCAUACAGGGGUCUCAAGGCUGUUCCAGAUGAGGAAGUCAUAGAAUCAUAUGGGGGCACCCCACAUAUCCCCCUUUUCCAGAUGAGUGAUUUCUAUGGAAAGGGACCUACAAUGAAACAGUUCAUGGAUAUUUUCUCUCUACCUGAGAUGACUCUGAUUUCCUGCGUAACUGAUUUCUUUAUGACUAAUGGCAUUGACUUUGACCCAGUUCAUUUAUACAAGGAUACAACUGAUGCAGUAAGAGAUGUGCAUGUAAAGGGAAUGAUGUAUGACUGGAUUGAGAAGGACAUGGAACACUACAUACUACAUCGAGAGGAGGUCUAUGCUGUACUGAAGAGGCUUGUAAGACACAAUAAGAAGCUUUUUCUUAUUACAAACAGUCCUUUUAGUUUUGUGAAUAAAGGAAUGAAUUAUAUGGUAGGAAAGAACUGGCGAGAUCUGUUUGAUGUGAUUAUCGUAAAGGCAGACAAACCUGCCUUCUUUACUGACCGGCGCAAGCCCUUCAGAAGACUGGAUGAAAAUGGCUCACUGCAGUGGGACAGGAUUAACAGCCUGGAAAAAGGCAAAAUAUACAAACAGGGAAACCUGUUUGAUUUUUUACAACUGACAGGCUGGAGAGGGUCCAAGGUGCUUUAUUUUGGUGAUCACCUCUACAGCGAUCUGGCAGAUCUAAUGCUGCGUCAUGGCUGGAGGACUGGGGCCAUAGUCCCUGAAUUGGAAGCUGAAAUACGGAUAAUAAACACUGAACAAUACAUGCAUUCAUUGACCUGGCAGCAGGCUCUGACCGGACUUCUAGAAAGGAUGCAGAUGUAUCAAGAUGCAGAAUCAAAACAAGUUCUCAUUGAGUGGAUGAGAGAACGUCAGGAACUAAGGUCUGUUACAAAGAAUCUAUUUAACCCACAGUUUGGAAGCAUUUUUAGAACUUAUCACAACCCAACCUACUUCUCUAGAAGGCUCAUCAGAUUUUCGGACAUCUAUAUGGCUUCUAUUAGUUGCCUAUUAAACUAUGAUAUCAACUUCACAUUCUAUCCGCGACGUACCCCACUGCAGCAUGAAGCACCUCUGUGGAUGGACCAGCUCUGCACAGGUUGCAUGAAGACCCCUUUCCUUGGUGAGAUGGUUCAUAUCCGGUGA